UUUACAUAUACGUAUUUAUGGUACAGUGCAAAAGAUGGUGAUGGUGUACAGGGUAUACACUUAAAUAUAUACCUAUAUACCCAUAAGCAAGACCAGCAUAAAAAAUAAUAAUGAAAAAAAAUUAAAUAAAACCCAAAAAGAAAAAUAAAAAUCAUUAAAGAAAGUAAUAGUAAUAAAAUCGAUAAAUUUAAAUCCAGUGAGAAAUUUAAUUAAAUAAACAAACUGAAAAGUGGAUUUUUGUUUAUUCCGAUAAAUAAACUAAAAAAAAAACGUUAAAAUUUAUUUGACAUAAUUUUUAUGAUUUAAUUAAGCUACCUAAUAUAUAAUAUUAUAUAUAUAUGUAUACAUAUUAUAUAUUAAUUGUCUGAUGCAUGGACAACAAGAAGCUCCACCGCGCGAUUAAAAGGCGGCCCCGUGUUCACUCUGAGUAUUACAUAUUUUAUAAAUAAUUCAAGUUGGAGUUUAAAAAAAAAAGUGGUGUUGGAUGUAAGAUGAACAUGAACAAUCAUGAGAGGCCGAAAAUUGCCCAGAAAAGUCACAGGGCCAAUGAAGACAGUGCCUUUGACUCGAGAAAAAUAAAAAAAGAAUCCAGUGAGGUUAAUUGUGCCGAUGGAGAUGUCAAUAAAAACUCUAAUGUCUAUGAUACUACGACAGGAAGAACUACGACGCCUAAUAAUUCAUUAAUUAAUGAUGACAAUUCGACACCAACAUCAAUAACAACUCGUGAGCGUAAUUCCGGUUCGCGUUUGUCCAAUGGCUUUCAUCCUGACAUUCAGGAUAUCAUCGCUGCUAAAUUGUCAAACUCGAAUUCUCAUGGAUUAUCAUUGUCUGCUAAAAAUGAUAAGAUUCGACAUCUCAUUGAGGACAGUAUCAGUGAGGAAUCAAAAUUGCGUGUUCAAGAAAUUUAUCUACAAGUUGAUCAGCUGAAAAUAGAUGAAAAAUUAUUACUGUACCUGAAAUUACCAGCGUCAUUGACGAAUCCUGGUGGUACGGUUGAUCCACUGAGGCAGCCGUUGAAUCCGCUUGGUAAUCGGUAUGAAAUUCAUCAAACGAUAAUGUGGAUUAAAACCCAUCUAGAAGAAGAUCCUGACGUUUCGUUACCCAAACAAGAAGUCUAUGACGAAUACAACAUUUUUUGUAUCAAAAAUUCAAUGAAACCUCUGUCGACUGCUGAUUUUGGUAAAGUUAUGAAACAAGUUUACCCGCGAGUACGACCACGUAGACUCGGUACUCGCGGUAAUUCACGUUAUUGUUAUGCUGGGAUGAGAAAACGAGUAAAACUUGAUACUCCAACACUUCCUUCAAUUAUUGGUGUCACGGAUGAAGAUGAUUCUGAAGAAUCAUUAACUGAGGAAAUGCUUGGAGCAGCGUCAAUUUUAAUUCGUGAAUGGGCUGAAAGUACACUAGGUCAUAAAUUUUCAUCAUUAAGCGGCUUGGCGCGUCACUUAGUUGACAAUCUGUGUGUUGAUACUCGAUCGUUGGCUGCUGUUUGUAUUCUCAGUGCCUCAGUGGAUGUCGAAAAUUCAUCAAACAAAAUUUUAGAGACACCUCUUAAGUCAUCAACACCAAUCGGUGGUAAAUCUGGAAAAUUACGCGAAGCUCAAAUACAAUUACAGAAAAAACUUCAACAACGGGAUCAAAAAAGUCGAAACUCCGAGGCGAUUAUAAAUCAGCCAAAGGAAAGUAAUAACGGGGGUAGUGAAAUUGUUAAAAAUUCAGUCGGUAAAUCGUAUAAAAAAAGUAGAACUAGUUUGUCUCAAUCACCGCAAACAACAAAUUCAACAGCAACUGUACCAAUUAAAUCAUCAUCAUCAUCAUUAAUUACUACAAAUCGGUCUAGAAAAUUAUCCAGGUCUUGUAGUCAGACUAGUACGAUAUCACCACAACUGAACUGUGAUAAUUCAGCUGGGCGUACGUCUGUUGAGCCUUUAAAUGGAUCUUCAAAUGCUAGAUCUUGCACGAGUACGCCCAAUGACUCAAUUACCUCACGAGAUAAUAUUUUAACAGCAACAACAAACAAAAAUUCACGGAAGCGUGUUAGUCUAGAUCAAGCGCGUCCAAGUAAUGAAACGAGCCCGGAAAAACAAGCGAAGCUUGACGGCGACAACCAAAAUAACGAUGAUUCAAAACUGUCCCUAUCGUCAAAAUUGAAGCAACAAAAUUCAAAUCAGCAACGUGCUAAUAAACUAACAGUCGUCUCACCAGGUAAUUUAAAAUUUAAAAAACUCGAUAUUAUUGACGAUAACAAUGUUAUCAAAAUAGUUAAAUGCCGUGAUAAUAAUAAUAUACUUAUAGAUAAUAAUCGUAUUAUAAAAUCUAAUGGUCGUUCUAGUGUUUAUGAUAAAAGUAUAAUAACUCCUGUUAUUGUUGACGAUACUGCAAGUAUUUUAAUAAAAGAUCAAAUAUCUACUUUACAAGAUAGUAAUAGUAAUGCUACUGAUACUGAUAAUUUUAUAGAUAAUAAUAAAAACGAUAAACUGACUACUAUUGAUACAGACGCACUUGAUGAUUAUUUAAAUGGUGGUAAUAAUUCCCAAGAACCUGAAGAAGAAUUACUGCAAUAUUUCAAACAAUCAAGUUCAUCAAGUUCUGAUAAUGAUAUUACCUCAUUGUCAUUAAUUAAUAAUUGUAAUAGUACUAUUACCACUGCUUGUACCAAUACCACUAUUAUCAAUACCACUAAUUCAAAUAUUAUUGCAACUGAUGUUGAUCAAACAUCAAGAUCUGAUAAAGUAUCACAGCUACGUUUAAUAUUACAACAGAAUCUCAAAGAUGGUACAAUUAAAACAACGGAUAUUAUUAAAAAACAAAAUAAUAAUGAUAAUAUUAAUAAUAUUAAUAAUAAUAACAAUAAUAAUAAUAAUCAGAUAGGAAAACGUCAAGUACAAAAAAAUGAUAUUAUAUUACCAACAUUAUUAAAUAAUCAGAAUAAUAAUACUAAUAAUAAUAACAAUAAUAAUAAUACUAAUAAUAAUAAUAAUAAUAACAAUAAUAAUAACAAUAAUAAUAGUAAUAAUACUAAUUCACGUAGACGAGUUAGCUUUGAGACAAAUGUUAUUGAACAUAAUUCUCAACUAAUAAAUAAUAAUAUACCAACAAUAAAUCCAGUACCACCAAGUCCAAAUACACGCCGUCAUAUAUUUAAUUUUACUCCAAUAUCACCAGGACCUCAUUCACCAAUAAAUGGACGUGCAUCAAAACCUAAUUCAGCAAAUGCUAGUCCUUUUGUAUCACCACGUAAUACACCAGUACCCCGAUCAAGAAGCAAUAUAGCUAAUGUAUAUAGAUCGUCACGUAAUAAUUUAAAAUCAUAUUCACGGUCAAAUUCAUGUAGUGCAACAUAUAUUUGUAAAAAUAAUACCGAUAGUACUGACACGUUUCUCGUUCCGACAAGUAGCAAUGAAACAAUUAAAUUGUCACCAUCAUUGUCAUCAGCAUCACCAGCGACAACAACAGCAACAAUAUUGGGGUGUAAUAAAACAACUCAAGUACAAGUUUGUGGUAAUAUUGGAUCAAUAACAUUGGGACCAGAUGAUAAUAAAUCAACAUUAGUCUGUACAUCAUUAUUAUCAGAUGUUAAUCCACAGAAACAAUUACUUAUUAAUUAUCCGAGUCAAGAAAAUUUAUUAGAAAUUAAAAAUAUAAAUAAUAAUAAUAAAUCUACGACAACAACACCGCCAGCAGCUGCUGGAAUACUGACUAGUAAACCAGCAGAUCAAGAAAUAAGUGAAUUAUUAUUGAAUAGUGUAAAACAAUACAAUUAUAAUAACAGUGAUAAUUAUUAUCGUUCGCAGUCAGUGCCAUUGCAUCGUAUGUUUAAUCCAACGCUAGUAUCGCCGAUAUCAAUGCAGUUUUUUUCAAACAACAACAGUUUCAAUCCAUCGACAAGUAGUUCUGUUGUACAUACACCGGUGCCCAGUGAAUAUGAUGAUUUUGGUUCAAUAACUGGACAAUCAGAUAGUUAUUUGUUGGACCAAGUUGAUGCUAAUUUCAUAAAUGAUGAUCAAUCAUACCUUAUUGAAGACAAAGCAAUAUCAUCAGAAAAUAUAAACAAAAUAUUUGAUUUCUUCGAUGAGGACAAUGACAAAGAUUUGAAUAAUAUUCUAAAUCAACAAAACAAUGACGCUGAGGAUGAUGAUGAUGAUUAUGAAGAAGACGAUGAUGAUCAUAAUCACCAUCAUGAUGACACCAAUUUAAUCAUACUUAACUCGUUGUCAAGUGCUGGUAAUAUGGGCAUGCAGGAGACGAUGCUCGAUCCUUCGACAUUGAACCCCUCGUCUAUUGAUCCGUUUGAAAAAAUAAUAAUACACCAGCAGCAGUCUAGAUCGUAUCCUAAUACACCACUGCCUCAUUCAGUAACGACAGCAACUACGUCAACCUCAACAGCAACAACGACCCCACCACCACCACCAGCAAUAUCGGCAUCUUAUCAUCAGUCAUUUACGGAAGACAGCAAUGGACCACGUUCUUAUCCACCAACACCUUCAUCGCAUCUUAUAGGGUCUCAGGAUGUUUAUCAAGAAACAAAUGAACCGAUGUUGUCAAGUCCGACAUUGAAUUCAUUGAAUUUACAUGUUACUGAGCAUGGUAACAAUGAUCCAACGGAUAACGUCUGUAGAAAUGUUAGCGAUUUACUAGAAACAAAUUUUCUUACUGAUGGGGACGAUGACGACGGACUUGAUCCGCUAAGUAAUUUUGAUGGGUUGCAAGAUGUUGAUUCAUUAGCACCGUUAUUUAAUGAAGUAUCUGAUACUAAUCGUUGAUUAAUUAAUUUUAGUUAUUAUUAUUAUUAUUAAACAUUAAAUAUUUAAAUAAUAGAUAACGAAUAUCAACAAAUUAACGAUUUAAAAUCGUUUUAGUUAAGCAGGCUGUGGCGCAAUAUAUACCAGUGGCUUUUUAUUUUUUACUUCUAUUAGUUUUAUUUCAUUUUUCAUCCAAUCACUUGAAUUAACAAAAUACGAAUAAACGAUAAAUUGUCAUUUUUUAUUGACAUGUGAUAAUUUCAUGUUUUAAGAUUCUGCAUUUACUGUAUGUUUGGUUUUAAGGGUAUUCUCAAGUAGUGCCUUUCCCAUACAUUUUAAAAAUUGUAUUGGAAUUUUAUCAAUUGGCAGUUCCAGGUCAUUAAGUAUUUUUAAAAAGUAUGGAGACACUGCCUGAGAAUGCCCUUAAAAAAAUAAUAAAUAUUGAUAACACCGACAUAUAUAUAAAUGUAUGUCAGCAAAGCAGUUGCCCGGUCACGGGAUAUUUUUUAUUGAAAUCCAAGUUAAAUUGAAUGAAUAAAUUCAACGUGAUAAAAAAUAAUAAUAAUAAUAGUUAUAAAUAAAUAGAAUACACUAAAUAUUAGUGUAAUAAAUAUAAAAAUGAAUAAUUAAAAAAAAGUAUUUGCAAUUGAGAUUUUUUUUUAUCGACGUGAAAAAAUUUUUUCAAGAUUGAUAAUUUAAAGAAAGACAAAUCAGCAUUGAAAUAGUUAUUAACAGUAAAAUAAAUUUAACUUUCAUUUUUUUUUCUUUUUUAAUUAAGAAAAAUAAGAUCGUAUUUAAAUUAUCAAUUGUUUAGAGUCCGCAAUCAAAGGACUUACGGUUUAAGUGUAAAAUGUAUUUGUACAAAUUAUUUAAUAGUAUAUAUAUAUUUUUUUUUUAAUACAUUUUUUUGUAUGUAUAAUUUUAACUAACUAUAAAUACUAUGCAAUUUAUUUAGUAAUUAUUAUUUUUUAAACGGAAAUUCGUAACAAUUGAUAACUGGAAAAAUUAAAAUUUUUAUUUAUUGUAUACACAGGCAAGGAUUUUUUUGGCGCCAAAAUUUUUUACUCGUCCCGAUUUUUUUGAAUUAUAAAUUGAAAAUAAAAUUUUCUUGAAGCGAGAAGAAAAUUCUUACGCUAAGAAAUUUUUUCGUUCUAAGAAAAUUUUUCUCUUCAAUUUAUAAUUCAAAAAUUUCUCGCGCCAAGAAGUCCUUUUUCUGUAUACUUACGAUCAAAUUUGUAUAGUUAAAAUAUUUGUUAUUCAGAAAGUAAUUAACUUUUUUUUUAAUCUGACCAAUAAUUGAAUGCUAUAAAAGUUUAAAUCAAUAAAUGAUAUUUUGAAUUUAGCGCUCUUGGUUUGUUUAAACAAGUACCAAAAAAGUAUUAAUAUAUUUCAUACAGUAAUGAAUAAAGUUUAAUAUUAAAUAAUUAAGAUAAUAAACAUUUGAUAUUAAUCUUUUUCAUUGAAAUUUUUUUUCCUUUUGUAUUAAAAAAAAUUAAAACUAAAUUAUAAAAUUGAAGUAAAUACGAAACUAAGAUUACACGCACAAAAAUAAUUUUUACAUUAGGUAAUAUCUAUAAUUAAAGUCUAAUCAUGUAUAAUCGGGAUUCUUAUUAUAAAAACAAAUAUGAUAAAUAAUAUAGGAAUUAAAUGAAAAAUGUGUUGGUAGAUAGAAAAAAAUAUAUAAAUACUGGAGAUCAAAUUACUGUGGAAAUGAUUAAUAUUAAAUUUGUAAUGAACGUAAUCGAGCUUAUUGACAACAAAAGUUGAAAAAAUUCAAGUGUUUCGGUACAAAUUAAUUUCUUUAGUUAUUUCAUAAAUUUCAUGUGAUUUGAUCAGCAGUAAUACAAUAACUAUAUCGUGAUUUAUAUUAACUAGUAGAAUUGCAUGAUGACAAACAAUAGAUCAACCCGUUCCUUAUUUAUUUUUAUUUUCACUCCAAUAUUUUAAAAAUUAUUUGUCCGAUUGCAUCUGAAUCCCGAUAGAUUUUUUUAUUUUUAAAAUUAUAAUUAAAAAAAGUUUUUGCAUAAAUUUUUUUUCUUUUUUAUAACAAAUGAUUGAAUACUUAAUAAGUUAAAAUUAUGUUAAAUAAUUUAAAAAAAUAUAACUUUUGUAAUUAGUGCAAUUAAUAA